CUUCCCACCACUUGCCAACAAGCACGCACGCGCCAGAGCAGCGCAACCAUCGACGUCUUCCCUCUUGUCCUCUUCAUUCCUUCCCCUCUCGCCUCUUUCGGAAUCAUCCCCUUUGAUCACUGCGCUGCGAGUCGCCCUCUGUGACGCCCGCUGAUGCCGCCUCGUGCACAUCUCCAUCGCACCGCUUCCUCCUCGUCCAUCUCGUCGAUCCACAGCGCAGACGGAUCCUCCUCUGCAAACACGACACACCAGCGUCGUCGCGAUCCCCAGCAACAGCAGCAGCAACACACGGCGUACGACAUUGAGGAGCCGUCCGACUACACACGCAAGUCGGCCCCGCGCGUCUCAUCGUCGAGCUCGCUGCGCAACAACUACCACACGCACGCCAAUCACCAGGCUUUCUCUUCUCCUCCUCGCACGGGACCCAGACGAAGCCUCGACAGGGACGACCAAGGAGACGACUCUGCAAACAACCUAGGCUCAAAUCCUUACAAGGUCAAGCGAAACUACCGCGACGAGUCGGGUGAUAUCCUUCCCUCGCCCGCAACCAGCCCUGCAGCAGCAUAUCGCUCCAACCCCUUUGAUUCGUGGGGAGCUCCUGCUAGCACGCACACAUCUCCUCGUAUUCCUACCUCUCCUGGAGGUGGUUUCGGCGCGUACAGCGGCACACGCCAGACUUCAGCCACCCACCAGCACUCCAAGCUUGCCAGCAGUUUCUUCGGCAACGAAGACGACGACGAGGGCGACUUUGAAGAGACGCCAUUGAACGACGACGCAGAAGCAUUUCGUAACGGCAGUCGAGCUUUCACGCUUGGAUCAAGCAAGAUGGAAGAAAAGAUGAGGGCAAAUGGCGCCAAGAGCGUCUAUGGGAGGGCAGGAUUGGCUCCGAUUGAGAGUGCGGCCAACGGCAAGGGAGGCAAUGGCACUGGUGUGAUGGCGACAAAUGACGCGGCAGCCAAGGGCAAGUACGCUAGUUUGCUGCCCGAGCAGGCUCCUCCUCAAAGUCCGCUCGACCGCAUCUCCGCUCUUUUCGACAACGAACAUUUCUGCACCGCCAUGUACUUCGUACUGAGUCUCAUCACUCGCUUGUACCGCAUCGGCAAGUCCUCGACUGUCAUCUGGGACGAGGCCCACUUCGGCAAGUUCGGCUCGCACUACCUGAAGCACGAGUUCUACUUCGACGUGCACCCGCCGCUGGGCAAGAUGCUUGUAGGUCUCGCUGGAGCCAUGUCCGGAUACAAUGGGAGCUUCGAGUUCAAGUCAGGGGAGUCCUACCCUGAGAAAAGCCAGUAUUACGUUGGCAUGCGAAUCAUCCUCGCUCUCUUCGGUGUGGUCAUGGUCCCCGUGGCUUGGCGCUCCUCCUCUGCCCUCGGUUGGAACAAGCGCAGUCGCCACUUGCUCGCCCUCAUGGUUCUCUGCGACAAUGCCUGGCUGGUCAUCUCGCGCUUCAUCCUACUGGACUCGAUGCUGCUCUGCUUUACCUUCACGACGGUGCACGGUCUCCUCAUGUUCCACCAGCAGCAGAAUCGCCCUUUCACGCAGAAAUGGUGGUUCUGGCUCACCUUCACUGGCCUCUCCAUCGGCUGCGUGAUGAGUGUCAAGUGGGUCGGCUUCUUCGUCAUGGCUCUGGUAGGCAUUUACACGAUCGAGGAUCUGUGGGACAAGUUUGGUGACCUCAAGAUGCCUGUGCGCACAUACGCUCGUCACUGGUGCGCCCGUGGGUUGUGCCUCAUUGCCAUCCCUGCAGCGGUCUACCUCCUGUCAUUCAAGCUGCACUUCCUCAUCCUCUCUGGCUCAGGACCAGGAGAUGCACAGAUGUCCUCCCUCUUCCAAGCCCACCUGCGCGGCAACGACUUUGCUCAGAACCCCCUCGAGGCCGCCUUUGGAAGCAAGGUCACCUUCAAGAACAUGGGCUACGGUGGUGGUCUGUUACACUCGCACAUCCAGACGUACCCGGUGGGAUCGCAGCAGCAACAAGUGACCUGCUAUCACUACAAGGACACCAACAAUGACUUUAUCAUCACGCCACGAUGGGAGGACAAGCCUCUUCCCCCUGCCGAAGACACGACUACCCCGCUCCGCAUGCUCACGAAUGGAGACACGGUCCGUCUCGUCCACGCUGCGACUGGUCGCAACUUGCACUCUCACAAAGUGGCCGCGCCUGUCACCAAGGAGAAUUACGAGGUCAGCGCGUACGGGAAUGCCACGAUCGGCGACUCUAACGACUACUGGGUCGUCGAGGUCGUUGAUGACAUGCAUCUGGGCAAAGUGGCGCCCGGUACGACGAUCAGAAGUUUGACAACGCGAAUGCGAUUCCGCCACCAGAACUUGGGAUGCUACCUGCGUGCGGCAAAUGCUGUUCUGCCGCAGUGGGGUUGGAAGCAGGUUGAAGUAUCUUGUGACAAGGAGAAUAAUCCUCGCGACGAUCACACGUACUGGAACAUCGAAUCACACUGGAACUCUCGUCUCCCUUCGGGCAACACGAAGCUGUACCGCUCUCCCUUCCUCCGCGACUUUAUCCAUCUUAACGUCGCCAUGAUGACGAGCAACAACGCUUUGAUCCCCGACGCGGACAAGGAGGAUAUUCUCGCCUCGAAGCCCUACGACUGGCCUUUCCUCUGGAACGGGUUGCGCAUGAACUCGUGGGCGGACAAUGCCACAUCUUACUAUCUGAUCGGCAAUCCGGUCAUCUGGUGGGGGUCGUCGAUUUCCAUCCUAGUCUUCCUGGGCACGCUCCUGUGGUACCUGGCAAGGAUGCAGCGACGCUACGCCGACCUGUCCCCCUCGGACUUUAACCAAUUUGUUUUCGUCGGCAAGAUUGGAUUCUUGGGCUGGUUCUUCCACUACCUCCCCUUCCUGAUCAUGGCGCGCGUAUGCUACAUCCACCACUACCUGCCGACGCUCUAUUUUGCCACAAUCCUUUAUGCGCACGUACUGGACCACUUCUUCUUCAACGCUUCGACGGCGCGCUACAAGGUGCCCGGCUCGAGUCAGAGGAGGCCGCUCAGUGAGAGGACCAAGAAUGUGGUGUUCUUGAUCGCGGCGCUUGCCAUUGUAGGGACGUUUGCGUGGUUCCACAAGACGGCCCUGGGGAUCGACGGACCCGUGUGGAAGUACAAGGGAAGGAGGUGGAGGAAGAGUUGGAACAUCUACGACUGAGGGGCUGGAGAGGACAAAGGGGAAGCCGCGAGUAGUUGAGGGCAACACGAAGAUGAAUGGAUGAGAGGGAACAAAGGGCAACAGGCCCUGGAACAGCGUAGACGCGGCGGGACAUAGCGCGAACAUGGCUCCCGUUGCGGGAUCAGGCCACGAU